UAACUUUUCAGUUGAGCGCUGGAACAGCUGGAGAACGCGAGCGUCCAGAUCGGCCGUCUGAUUCUCGUUCUUAUUCUCGAUUUAAGUCGUUAAUUGUGCAAGUGCUAAGUGCUAAGUGCUCCGCUUUGUGAACUGACCUCAAACACUUGUUGACAUCUCAACAUCGCGAGUUGGGUAAUUCAGUGUAAUUCUCCGGUUCAGAUGGUUUUGUUCCAGAUUUUUGCCCAUUUGCUGUUUCCUCUUGUAUUUGUGAAGUGCAUCUAUGUUUUAAGCAAGUGAUCAUAAGAUACUUACCGACUUUAGCAGACAUUUAUGAGAUUACCGCUCUCGCGUAUCUAAUUCCAACGGUCACGAUUACUUAUUGGGAGCGUUAAAAGAGUGAGCUUUCCAGCGCCAAAGUUUCCAGUGAACAGCUGUUUGGGGAGCUUUGGGUUUUAUUUUUCCUAUCUCCGAGAGCACUGCACUUUGCAGAGAGAGAUUGAAAGAGAGAGACAGAGAGGUGGGAAAUAUAGAGCAAGUUUUAUCAGUUCUGAAGUACGAGUCACAGAUAAGAAAAAGUCGGCGGCGGGUGUUAAGUCAUUUACACAAUUUAUCGCUUCUUCGCUUUGCGCAAUCGAAUGGAAAAGAGGAUUGCAUUGCAAUCCGGAGUGGAGUAGAAACCAGAGCACACGGCAACCAUGAACAAACUACGGUCUCUAUUGCCCGGUCAACACUCGUCUUCCAAUGGUGCAUCCCGACAUUCUGUAACGCUGGAACCAGAGAUCGGAUUCCAGAUAACCAUCGACAAUCCAAAAAACGGGGAUCAGAACAAGGGUUCCACCGGCGUUCCCGAGCUCAAUGUCCACCUCAUCGCAGCCCGACAUCUUCCCUCCCUGUUUGGCUUCAAGAUCGUCCAGGGCUAUUUGAUAAAGGUAAAGCUAUUUCCCGGAACGAAACGUUUGGAUAGCACUAUUCAGACAAACACGUGGCCGAAGUUCAAUGAAAAUUUCAAAUUUCCACUGGUGCCAGAUAUCAAAUCCUCCAUGAAGCAUGUUACUCGACGCGCAGCAAAUGGUCAGACGAAUAGCUCCGAUCCUGAGCCAGAACAGCUCUUCUCCGGACAAUUUGUGGUUUUUACGGUCUACGCCUUAUUGGAACUUCCGGCCGCAAACUUUAAUCGCUUUAACAAGACAUACCGCUCGCUAAAAGACAGGAGCACCAGCUUUGUCCAACGUUUCGUGGAUCCAACUGCAAAUAUUCAAAAUGAGACUAAGACUGAAAACGGAGGGAAGACAAAUGAUCAGGGUAAAGGAAAGAAAAAGGCUGAGAGUGCGCGGGAUGCAAUGCCACCAUUGACAAUAAGUGAAUCCCGCAGGAAUAUUGGAUCCGUAACCUGCUACCUGGAAUCCAAGCUGUUCGAACACAACAGUAGAACGGGGAACUAUUCGACGGAAGAGCUGUGGCUGCCUAUAAAAGAUAUCACCACAACGGUGGCCAAGUCGUCACCCAGCAACAACAAUUUCGUUAACUCCGCCAAAGGUGUGAUCGAGCUGGCCCUUGAGGUUCGCGAUCUUCUCGAAUGCGAGUCGCCUGUGGACACAACGAUGCCUCCCUCAACGCCCUCGAACACGCCCACCUCGCCCACUCCAUCUUCCACCCACUCGACCAACAAUUGGCAAAGGAUGACGGCAGAAGUGAAGCGGAAAAUGGGCAUCAGCAAUGUCGGAAACUCCGACUCCGGCAGAUACUUGCUCCGAGUGACCACGACGCGGAUGCGAUGCUCCAACAAGGUCAAGGACGAACUGGAGGCCACGGCGAGCUCCGGGGUCUAUGUGAAGACCACGGCCUUCGAGCACGGCAUCUACAUAGACGCGUGGAAGUCGCCCGUCUUCUUUCCCUCACUCUCAACCAAAUGGGACGAUGGUUCCGGCGAGGGAACGAUUGACAUUCCGCUCCAGAGGCUCGAUCAGUUGCAGAACAUUGUUCUGCGAAUCACAUUGGCCACCAAGAAGAUGGGCAAGAAACUGGUCCUGGGCACGGUUAUCAUCGGCGGAGAUCAAGCGGGUGAUACGGGCUCCGAGCAGAUGCGCCUUAUCCGGGAAUCUCCGCCUGGUCAUCGGGUGGCCGCCUGGCACUGCUACCACUAAUUCAAACUCGAAGUUAUUUCCAGACAAUUGUAAAUAGCAAAAAUCCUAAGUUAAUUCAUAUCAAAAUUCCCUUGUGCAUCUUUCAAAUAUGUAUUUGCGUUUCGAUCGUAAAAAUAUUAUAUUUAAUUGCGAAUUGUAAAA